UUCUUACUGCUCCCUCGGAGGGUUGGGUCCAAGAGAUUUAAGCAAAAAGGAAGAGGAAGCUGAGCUAACUUAGCAGUGACACACGUUUCCUUUAUCAGCCAGAUUUCAACAGACUGGGCGGCGGUUUACUUUGGCAAAAGCAGUGAGUAGCUUCCUUAUACCGUUUAUUGAGAAAAAUGUUGAACUUUUUGUACCAGGAGUUACUUUCAAGUGGCUUGGUUUGAGGAGAAAACAACAGAAGAGCUAACUUGGUCUCAACAAUUCACAACAGCAAAUAUGCUUUGGAAACUUCAGGAGAUGGGCUCGCAUGCCUUGGAUAUCUACAAUUACCUCUUGGCAGGAAUGGAUCCACGGAUAAAGGACUACCCAUUGAUGCAGAGUCCUGUUCCCAUGUCUGCAAUACUAUUGGUCUACCUGUUUUUCGUACUGUAUGUGGGACCUCGCAUUAUGGCCAACCGGAAACCCUUCCAGCUGAAGGAGCCCAUGAUAGUCUACAAUUUCUUCCUGGUGGCUCUAUCAGUUUACAUUGUGUAUGAGUUUUUGAUGUCUGGUUGGGCUACAACGUAUACUUGGAGGUGUGAUCCAAUUGAUACCUCAAAUAGUCCUGAAGCUCUAAGAAUGGUCAGUGUUGCAUGGCUCUUCUGGUUUUCAAAGAUAAUUGAGCUGAUGGACACAAUCUUCUUUGUGUUGAGGAAAAAACACGGCCAGAUUACGUUCCUGCACAUCUUUCACCACUCCUUCAUGCCAUGGACCUGGUGGUGGGGAGUUGUCUUUGCUCCUGGUGGAAUGGGAUCUUUCCAUGCCAUGGUGAACUCUUCCGUCCAUGUCAUCAUGUAUUUCUAUUAUGGCCUUUCUGCUGCUGGACCGCGCUUCCAGAAGUUUUUGUGGUGGAAGAAAUACAUGACUGCCAUUCAGCUGACCCAGUUUGUCUUGGUCUCCCUCCACGCCACUCAGUAUUACUUUAUGGACAGCUGUGACUUCCAGUUCCCCACCAUCAUUCACCUCGUCUGGAUGUACGGCACCUUCUUCUUCAUCCUCUUCUCCAACUUCUGGGUCCAGGCCUACGUGAAGGGUAAGCGGCUGCCGAAACAGGACAUCAAGGAACAGAAGAACGGCGCAGUGGCAUACGCAAACGGAAAACACCAAGAGAACGGAAAAGUCCACGAAAAUGCCAAAUUGUAUGAGAGCGGCAGCAGUAACGGCAUCCACCAGCACGCAGCUACCAACGGCUCCACUCACUAUGAGAACGGCCGCGCCCUCAACGGCAAGAUGAAAAAAGCUUAGAAACCUUGAAAGGAAGUACCCAGGAAGUAUGACCUAGUCAGCUUGUUAAAAUUACUAUGGAUUCCAAAGAAUAAUUUGACUGUUUUACAGGUUUUUUUUUUUUUUUGUUUUAUUAGUUUCUUGUGUAAAACAUGGGAGAUCAAUGUAGUCAAUGACAUCCACAGUUGGGUUCCACACCUGGUUAGUUGGUUUUGUUGGGUUUUUGUUUGUCUUGUGGAACCAUCUAUUGGAAGAUGAUGUAUGAAGAGAAGAUGUUUUGAAUGUUAUGUCUUCACUGAUGUUGAAAGCAGCUUCAUAGUUCAGUGUCACACUGGUGAACUUUUAGCCCAUUUGCUGACCUAUGACCCCCUCACCCCUCUGUGGACAGAAGACUGUACAGUUUCUAUUAAACUUGGAUAAAAAAACAGCAGUUUGUAAAUAGUUUUACAGAAAGAGGAAAAAAAAAACUAAUUAUAUUGGUGUGCUUUCUAAAUUUUGUUACCACGUGUAUUUAAAAUUUAAUUGCCAAUAAAUUCAGUCCUAAAUGAUCUGUAA